AUAGUCUGAGACCAAGGUUAAAUAUAAAGAGUGGCCAUUUAACUGAACCAUGAUCAGAGUCAAAGUGAACUAACUUUAGUAAAAUGUUCGUAUCAUAGUUUGAAGUAUCGUUUCGACAUGGCUAGAUUUCUAACUGCAGAAGCAUCAUUUGAAGAUAUUGAUGACUGGUUCAAAAUUGGCAAAGCCAAGCCUUCUUUUCCAGCUGUAAUUCCCGCCAGUGCGACAGGGGGAACGGGAAAGUUGCGAACGGAACGUUACGAGGAGUCGCUCCGGAAGACACGGGCAAGGCAAGGUGUACAAACUCGCCCGAAGCCAGAGACGGUGCAAUCUGGGAAGGCCUAUGCAAAUCAUUAUCGACAGCAGUGGGAUGAGCAGCAGCUGGAAGAUGAUAUAUCAAACCUACACAUUGAUGAGGAUAAGCCUCUCCCUAGCAGUGCUAUGUCAGAUUUGGAGAGUAUGAGUGUAACAUCAGCGAGACCAGUCCUGCCGGAUGAGACAUCACCAGAAGUAGCUGUCCAGGCCUAUGAUAACUAUAACUUUGAUCAUACCUACAAUGAAGAACUGCCAAUCACCAAACAUAAAGAUCAGGUUCUGAACACCAUAGAAAGUAAUCAGGUGACCAUCAUUCAGGGUUCUACUGGUUGUGGUAAAACAACACAAGUCCCACAGUACAUACUGGAUGAUUACGUGUGCAAGAGAAAGCAUUGUAACAUUGUGGUGACACAGCCUAGAAAGAUUGCAGCUAUCAGUAUUGCUAGGAGGGUGUGUGAAGAAAGAAGAUGGCAACUUGGCAGUCUUGUGGGAUACAGGGUUGGUAUGGACAAAACGACAUCUCCAGACACUAGGCUGACAUACAUGACAACAGGUGUACUUCUACAGAAACUCAUCAACAAAAGGAAUAUGACUGAAUACACUCAUAUCAUCUUAGAUGAGGUUCAUGAACGAGAUCUAAAUACAGACUUUGCUAUGCUGGUUGUCAGGAAACUACAACGUACUAACUCCAGGCAUGUCAAGGUUAUUUUGAUGUCAGCCACCAUCGAUGUGUCUCUGUUUGGAGAAUACUUUGCUCUACCAGUAAGAGGAUCAUUAGAGAUGCCUCCUGUAGUCAGUGUAGAAGGAAAGGUCUUUGAUGUGGAGGAAGCCUACCUUGACAAUCUCACUAGGUUUGGACUGGUACCACGUCAUAGACCAGAUAUGAAUCCAACCAUCUAUAAGGAGACCUAUGAUUUGGCCAAGAACUUGGUCUGUCACUUUGACAACAUGGAGAGACAAGAACAAGGGAUACCUGCUAAUACAAUGGUCAAGAAGAGAGGUACAGUUCUAGUCUUUCUUCCUGGAAUCCGGGAGAUUGAAGACUUUGAGAAGCUGCUCCCUGGACAAGGAUCAAAGGAAAGACUGAUUGUGAUUCCUCUGCAUUCAUCCAUUACAACUCAAGAACAAGCGAGGGCCUUUAUCAGGCCAGAAGAAGGAUUCCGGAAGGUCAUCCUCUCAACCAACAUCGCAGAGAGCUCCAUCACUGUACCUGAUAUCAAAUACGUGAUUGAUUUCAUGUUGCUGAAGUGUAUGGUGUGUGAUGUAGAGACGAACUAUCAGAGUCUACAACUCAACUGGGCUUCUAAGGCUAAUGCUCAACAAAGGAAGGGACGUGCUGGGCGUGUUUCUUCAGGUCAAGUGUACAGGCUGAUACACAAGGCUUUCUAUGAGGAAUACAUUGAUGAGUAUGCCAUCCCUGAAAUUCUGCGUUGUCCAUUGGAGCAGCUGAUUCUGCAGGUGAAAGUUCUCGAUCUGGGAGAACCCAAGGCCAUCUUAGCCCUGGCCCUGGAACCACCAAACCUGGACAACAUUGAGAGAACAAUCUUACUCCUCAAAGAAGUUGGGGGUCUCACCACAAUACGAUCCAGUGUAGCGAACCCUCAUGAUGGUGAACUGACCUUUGUAGGGCGUGUCCUUGCAUCACUUCCUGUUGACAUACGUAUCGGCAAACUCUUGGUCCUGGGUCAUGUCUUUGGAUGUCUCAAAGAAUGUCUGGUCAUAGGAGCUGGUCUGUCUCUCAAAAGCUUCUUCUCACAGCCAUUCAAGAGAGCCUUAGAAGCUUACAAAUCCAAGUUGAAGUGGGAUGCAGGAAGCUUCAGCGAUCCUGUUGCCAUUUUGAAUGCGUACAGAGAAUGGGAGAGAUGUAGGGAUAACGGAUUCUUUGCUCGCCAUAGAAGGGCUGAACGAGAUUGGGCAGAUGAAAGGAUGAUACAACUCAAUCCUUUGAGAGAGGUGUCCAAGCUUGUUGCAGAGCUUGAAGAUCGCCUAUCCAACUUCAACAUCCGCCUUCAGAAGGGAAACCCCCGUAAUCAGCAGAAACAAGAUCCUACACACAAUCUACUCAUCCUUAAGGUUGUGCUAGCAGGAGCAUUCUACCCGAACUUCUUCACUUGGGUUCCUUCGGAUGAAGCUGACUCCUUGAAGAUACUCUCAGGCAAGGACCCAUGUACCACAGUCAUGGUGAAGAAUAUACCCCCUCAUGGUGAGCUGUAUUCAUCAUCCAUUGGUAAACUCUUCCAGUGCUGUGGCAAGGGCAAGAAACUCUUCUUUGAAGAUACCAAACUGUUUGUGCAGUUUGAGAGACAGAGUGACUACAGCCCUAUCCUACCCGCUGUCUACCAUGCUGUCAAGAUGAGACAUCUGAAGAUGCCAUUACAGUUAGAUGUGUUUGAGGUGGACAAGGAUACUGAGGUGAAGACAACAUUGGAAGAAAGACAUCUCAGAUCAAACAGGAUGGCUGUAAGCAUCAACUCUGAAGGACCAAAGCAAGUACCACUCCCAGAUGCUUCUACAGACUGGUCUCUUAUCAUGCCUACUGCUGUUGCAGAUGGCAACCGAUUCUGGGCUCAUUACAUGAAUGAGGAAACGAUCCAGAUCAUGUUGAAACUGCUUGAGAAAGCAAAUGAUGCUGGCUACAGGGAGUUGGAGUCCUUAGAUCUGAGUGAAGUGCGAGAAGGAGACUUGGUGCUUGCUCCAUUCACAGAUGCUAAUCAAACACGAUACUUCAGAGCUAAGAUCCUUCAGAUGAGACGUGCUACAAGGGAUAGCAUACAGGGAAACCAAGUGGAAGUGUUCUUUGUGGACUAUGGCAACAGAGACGUUGUACCUGAGAAGUAUCUGCGCUACCUGCCCAAGCCACUCCUAGACAUACCAUUCCAAGCCUUUGAGUGUGUUCUAGCUCACAUCAAGCCUCUAUACAAGCUGCCUCAUAACCAAUGGCUUCCCAAGGCUAGAAAGGUCUUAGAAGAACACAUCAUCCAGAAUAUACCUUUCCAAUCCAAGAUAUUCUCUGUUGUGGAUGGGGUUGUAAGACUGGACCUGUACAACACCCACGUGGAGCCAGAGGUCCACAUCCAGGAGGUGUUGAUUCAGAUGGAGAUAGCUGAGCAUGCUGAGGAGCCUCAUCUCUCUAAGGUUAAUCAUCUUCAGAGAGAGAUAGCUAGAGAAGAGACGAGAAGAAUGCACAUUGAUCAUCCUGAACAAGUACCUGCAUCGUUGGAGGAGGAAUCCUGGACACAGAUGAAUGUUAGACAGAGUGAUCAAGGCAGGAGAAAGAGGAGAGGCAAGGUAUAUCUCAAUGGACCAAACAGCCCAUAUGAGAUCAACUUUGCUAGCAUGACAAGAAUAGGGAGACUGAAGACCUGCCGAGUGGACCGUGCUAGUGUGAAUUCUGUCGCCCUAAGCACAGAACCAGAAGACAAACAUGAGAAGAUGAUGGUGUCAGCUCAUGUAGGUCUGAAUCCAUCAGGUAGUGUCUUACAAGCCAGGAAUACUACCUUGAUGCCUAACAUAUCUGAUCUACCAGCUCUCGUCUGCAUGCUCUUUGCUCCUACGGUCGAGUUCAGAACUGAUCGUAAGAUGACACGUCUGACUGGUCUACUAUGUGGAUUAGGAUGGGAUCCUGUAACCCAAGCACCAAUGUUAGCUGAUCAUGAUAUAGAACUAGCUUUUGAUACCAAGAUCAGGAAUGAAGAUGUCUCCAAGAUGAAUGGACUGCGGUUUGCUAUCAACCUGGCUCUGGCAUCCAAGGAUUAUAUCGCUAUGUGGGGAGCGAACGCAACGCAUCAGAUUCAAUGCCAAGCAAGGGAUGCACUCAUUGGAUUGUUCACAGCCAAGAGAUCACGUGUUGAGCCACUUCACUACACGCAUUGCUAUGCAUGGGACCAGCUUGAGGAGGCAUCCGUCAUGCCCAUCAAGAAAGAGGAUUACACAUCAGAAGACUUCCCAAUGCUGUAUCAGUUUCAUAACGGUGUGUUCUUAGAAAGUCCUGAAGAUCCAGAGGAAGAUGAGGAGGUGGCAAUGCUUAAAGAUCAUGUAGCUGAUCUCUAUGAGAGAGCUAGCAGGUCUACGGUUCGGUUUGUGAAACCAAUCACGUGUAUCUUGUGUCAGGUGCUAUGCUUCUCACCUAGAGAUCUAUACUAUCAUCUUCAGAACACUGCACACUUAGAACGAGAACAAGCCCUGGACCCCCCUCCUUUAGUGUGAUAAUCAACUAGAGAUCUAUACUAUCAUCUUCAGAACACUGCUCACUUAGACCGAGAACAAGCCCUGGAUCCCCCUCCUUUAGUCUGAUAAUCAACUAGAGAUCUCUACUAUCAUCUUCAGAACACUGCUCACUUAGACCGAGAACAAGCCUUAGAUCCCCCUCCUUUAGUGUGAUAAUCAACUAGAGAUCUAUACUAUCAUCUUCAGAACACUGCUCACUUAGACCGAGAACAAGCCCUGGACCCCCCUCCUUUAGUGUGAUAAUCAACUAGAGAUCUAUACUAUCAUCUUCAGAACACUGCUCACUUAGACCGAGAACAAGCCCUGGACCCCCCUCCUUUAGUGUGAUAAUCAACUAGAGAUCUCUACUAUCAUCUUCAGAACACUGCUCACUUAGACCGAGAACAAGCCCUGGAUCCCCCUCCUUUAGUCUGAUAAUCAACUAGAGAUAUCUACUAUCAUCUUCAGAACACUGCUCACUUAGACCGAGAACAAGCCCUGGACCCCCCUCCUUUAGUGUGAUAAUCAACUAGAGAUCUCUACUAUCAUCUUCAGAACACUGCUCACUUAGACCGAGAACAAGCCCUGGACCCCCCUCCUUUAGUGUGAUAAUCAACUAGAGAUCUCUACUAUCAUCUUCAGAACACUGCUCACUUAGACCGAGAACAAGCCCUGGACCCCCCUCCUUUAGUGUGAUAAUCAACUAGAGAUCUCUACUAUCAUCUUCAGAACACUGCUCACUUAGAACGAGAACAAGCCCUGGACCCCCCUCCUUUAGUCUGAUAAUCAACUAGAGAUCUAUACUAUCAUCUUCAGAACACUGCUCACUUAGACCGAGAACAAGCCCUGGACCCCCCUCCUUUAGUCUGAUAAUCAACUAGAGAUCUCUACUAUCAUCUUCAGAACACUGCUCACUUAGAACGAGAACAAGCCCUGGAUCCCCCUCCUUUAGUCUGAUAAUCAACUCAUAAGACCAUCAAUGGACAUGGUGGAUCAAACUAUCUGUGACAGAGUGUUGGUACUCAUUAACUGAGGACCGUAUGAUGACCAUUAAGUUAUGUUACAUACGAGCAUGAAAUCAAGUACGAAAAGGGAUUUAUUAUCAUCGUAGUUUGGACACUCUUUGAGGAUCCAGAAUGAUGAAAUUAUAUCAUGUUGAAGAGUUUUAUGAAAUCAUGAAAUCCCCAGAUGUUCAGACACGAAGGAAACAAAGGUCUCCCUAUCCGAGUUUCAUGCUGACCAUCAUGCAUGGCAACAUACCUAACUAGCUGAGUAGCCUUCUGCCCAAAUUAGUACAGCAAUCUUAUAGAUAGAUAGCAUGCUGCCAAAUAUAGAAUUGACUUGUAUUCUUUAAACAUUGAUAGAGGAGGCUUUUUUUUAAGGAUCAUUUCUCAAUGUUGCCCCAAUUUCCUUCCAAUGGUUUUUGUUGAGCAGAUAUAAAGUGAAGAUAAAAGGUUAAAAUACAAUUAUGUAUGUAGGAAUUAAUUUUGAUGGUGAUGUCCAAGAAACACAUUUGUAUACUAAUGCAUGAUACAUAUAUUAUACUACUGUACUAGGGGGUACUGAGCAUCUUUUAUAAACCGUUUUUC